GCUCGCUCCCGAUACGGAACGCGGUGACGUGUCUCGCCCGCCGCCUGUUGGUCUUUCACAGUUGACGAGUGACGAGUAUUGCGAAAAUGGCCUCGACCCUGCCCGUGAGCACAAACAGGCGGAGAAGAAGAUGACGACGCGGAGCUCGUCGAGGCAGUGGAACACCGAAGUGACCUGUUUGAACGCGGAGGCGACGGUGAAGUGAACCCCCACAACGAGACUGUCGGCGAAGAAAGCGUCUAAAAAAAAAAAAAAGAAUACAAGAAAAAAGAGAGGACGUACCACAGACCUCCGCAUAUUUCCGUGGGGCUGGCGAGCCGCUAUGGAGGAUAUCAACUCCAACAUCAACGCGGACUUGGAGGUGCGGAAGCUCCAGGACCUGGUGAAGAAGCUCGAGCAGCAGAACGAGCAGCUGCGCAGCAGGUCCACGAUGUUGUCCUCGUCCGGGCCGAUGUCGGGCGGCCACAGACCGCUGAGCGCCGGGUACGACCCGUCGUCCCUGUCGGCGGGCAUGGCAGCCGGUCUGGCCGGCUUCCCCGGGGUGGGGUUCGUCGGGACGGGAGGCUACGGCGGGCUGCUGGAGAACAACCGCUGCCUGAGCCCCAGGCUGUCGUACGACGGCAUCAGCUUCAGGAGGGCGUACGAGUGCGAGGGCGCUUCGGCCGCCACCAACUCCUUCUACUCGGACGCCGCCGACGAGGCGGAGACGUCGAUCCUGGACGAGGUGGAGAUCCUGGACCUGGAGGACAUGGACUGUCUGAACGAGGACGAGGACAGCUGGCUGUACGAGACAAAGCUGAACAGCCCCCUGCAGAAAGCCUUGAGUCCCAUCGUGUGGUGCCGCCAAGCACUUGACAACCCCAGUCCGGAGAUGGAAUCAGCCAAGCGAUCCCUCCUCCACAGACUGGACCUCAACAUGUCAGCCAACAAGCGCAGAAGCCUGUAUGGAAGCCCCUACAACCAGCAGGGCUACGGAAGCCCAUACAGCACAAACGCAGCCAACAGCCCAUACAGCAGUGGCUUCAACUCCCCCUCCUCUACCCCCUGCAGAGUGCCCAUCGUCAGACAGCAACUAAUGCCUGGAAACGCAGCAGUGCAGCAGCGAAAUGCGGCAGCAGAGCGGAAUCCUCCGGCGAUAAGCCCACAGUCGUCUGUGGACAGCGAGCUGAGCACCUCCGAAAUGGACGAGGACUCGGUGGGCUCCUCGACCACCUACAAACUCAAUGACGUCACGGAUGUCCAGAUAUUGGCACGCAUGCAAGAAGAGAGUUUGAGACAGGACUAUGCGGCCACAGCGUCCAGGCGGAGCUCGGGUUCUUCCUGCCACUCGUUGCGGCGCAGCACCUUCAGCGACCAGGAGCUGGACGCGCACAGUCUGGAGGACGAGGAGGAGGCAAUGCACCCGGCCUUUCACCUGCCCUCCAGCCGCUUUAGCCCCUCCCCCCGGCACUCUCCCCGCGCCUCCCCCAGGAAUUCGCCACGCUCGCGCUCCCCUGCCCGCUCCAUUGAAUACAGCCACAGCCGCGGCUCGCCUCAGCCCAUCAUCAGCCGCCUGCAGCAGCCUCGCCACUCGCUGCAGGGCCACGGGCACGACCUGCAGACCAACGUGGUGAAGAAUGAAGAAAAGCUGCGUCGCAGUCUUCCCAACCUCACGCGCUCCUCGGUGGCGGCCGCGGCGGCCCAGACCCCGGAGCCGGUCAAGAACAGCCGCAGCUGCGAGGCCAACCUGCAAGUGGCGAACGGUGGCUCUCCUCGACACCAGAACCAGUCUGCUACAGCACCUCAACUCCCGAGAUCCUCGACCCCCUCUCGCUCCUCCCCAAAACCCAAACAGCACCUCCAGAGCCCAACUGCCCUGCGAGUCCCACUCUCCUGUUGCUUUGGAGAAGAAGGUGACUUCAUCCCCUCUCCCAGUAAGCUGCGGACCCCUGCCACCCCUUCCCCGCUGGCCUUGAGGCAGCCCGUAAAGGCCACGCCCAACCCUGGCUCUGCCACCUCCACCCCCACCCGCUCCCUGGCUGCUCCACGCAGCGGCCUGCCCCGUCCUAGCGCGUCUGCGGGAGGGAGCAUCCCCCUGCCCCGCAGCAAAUUGGCCCAACCCGUACGCAGAUCUCUUCCUGCUCCUCGGACCUACGGCGGUGACAACUGGAGAGAGGGUUGUUACUGAGGCGAGCCAGCAGGGGGCGCUCCUGUCAAACUAUCGACACAAGGAGGAACACAUUACAACAUGGCACUUUAUCUACCUAGAUAACUUUUACAGUGAAGAGAGUGAGAGACUAUGUCCCAAAAAUAUAUAUAUUUAGUUUUGAGAAUUAAAAAGUAAGGAAAGGAGGGCGUCCACACGGUGUGUUCCUCUGAGGGGACUUGGCACUGGAGGGGGUCGGGCAUCGCGCAAACAGCCCAUGAAAUGCCAAAGAAACCAGGCCGACUCCAGCUCCGCCAGCAGAGCAACACAUCACUUGCCUUGGUUUGACUGCAAUCAUUUGUCAGUGUCAUACCACCACAUCGCCCGGCUUCCCCUCCCUGUUCCCUCUCUCACCUCCCUCAGGUCGAAAUGCUUCCGAGCAUUUCUCUCCUCCUGCUCCGUGUUCAGCAGAUGUCGGUGAGCGAGCUCUGUGACGAUGCUGCGCAGGUGAACUGUCCCGUCGCGUCAGAGAGUCGUCGACGUCUCGCAGCAUCGACAGCACCUAUUUGUGGGUCGUUUUAAGAAUCUUUCCUCUUGUGAAAUCAGCCAGAAUGUAUGCACAAGUUUGUUUUGGAAAUUAUUUAUUCAAAUUAUUUAAGAAAUGUAUGUCCAGACAUCCAUAUCAGUAUUUUUAUUUUUUCGACUUCCAACUGUUUGAAAUGUACAUUUUGAACCUCGAUUGCAAGCUAAGUCUCCAAAGCCUUUAUUUUGUCUUCAGCGUGAGAAACCUCAGUUCUGACUUGUGUCACAAUUUGCCAAGUUAUAUUUCCCCCCUGAAGUGCUCCGAUUGGUCAGUUUCAGUUCAACCAUGAAAUAUCUGAUGUCUCAAAAGAAAAAAAUUAUAUAUAUAUAUAUAUUUGUUCACCCAUUUCGCCAACUGAACAAAGAAAUCUUUGAUGAUGUUCUUUCAAUUCCCACAACAGAUUUGUCGGUGUAUAUCAUUGAUGUCGUGAAGAGAAAAAAAAAAGGAAAAAUAUCUUGAGCAAGAUGAAAUGACGAGCUGAAUACUUUUUGUCUGGCGUUUACCUUUUGUGCUAUGAACAUAAAUCAGAAGAUGCCAGUGUUAGGGAAGGUGUGUUAGUCAACGGUGUGCUGGGUGUUCUUCAACUAGUGCCUAUAAUUUAAAGUUUCACUUGAGUUUGAACAUCAAUUUUUUGUAUGUUUUAUCAUUUCUGUGCCAAUUUCUUGGUUUGCCAAUAUGUUAUUUGCUAUUUUGCAUCGCUUGCUUGACUGAUUUGCCUGCCUGUUUUGUUUGUUUUUGUAACGGAAUCAAUACAUUUAUAAUUGCUUUAAAACAAAGUUUAAUAUGCGCUUUCAUAUUUAUAACUAAUUACUCUUCUGUAAAUGAAACUAUUUAUUAAAGAGAGAGGUGCCUCUGUCGAAGCUCAGAUUCGGUGGGAAGCCAGAGCGAAUGUUGCAAAAAGACAUACCACACCUUUUGUGUGACACUUUUUGUUAUUGAACUUUUUUUAUAUCCACAAACAUGACAUUCUGUUUCCCUGUGUAAAGUCACAUUUCAAAUAAAAGCAGAAAUGUUG